AUGUUUACUCUCCUUCGGCUCUACAGCGGCCAAUGUCAGCUCCAGUAGACUUGCAAUUUACUCCAGCCCCACAUUCGAAUUUGAAAUUCGCCUCUCGACGCGACUCCGCUACCUCGUUCGAUUCCAAGUUAUCUUCAAAGCCUGUCGAGAGGACCUACCUUUUUGUGGUGGCGAUUGGUGACACUUUUACACAGCGCUUUAGCAGCGUGCUUCGGAAUCUCGCCUUACUCCACGAGAGACUAACAACUUGAGGUACAACAUUCGUCUGCGUGUCACACGGAAGCCUACAAUAUCGCGACAGCUUUCGCCCUGCUCUCUUGGCUCGGAGUCCGGGCUGCCAACACGCCGCUCAAGGCUCGUCCGACCCGAAGCGUCAUGAAUACGCCUAGCGUUCUAGAAUGACGAGCGCGACUGCGAGGGGGCUUGCUGCGAGUGGCGAGCAGCGGCGGCAGUCACAGCAGCCCUCCAGUGAAAUUCCCGUCGUUUUACCCCACGCCCCGAGUUGCAAUCCUUCCCAGGCCCAGGUCGCUGCCCGAGCAGUUGCCCAGCCGGCUGUCCUGACGGAUGACCGCCAUCCUCCCCAGAGGAUGGCGACGCAGCCGCAGGAGCGAAUGGAACAUUCCAGCCGCGGAGUGCUGCACGCCGCCACCCCCUUGUCUGAGCGCGAGAUUGCCGCGCUCGAACCCGCUAAUCCCGACAUGGACGACGCGCACGGCGAUGCAGCUGCGACGGAGCGGUUAGUGUACGACGAGGAGGGCGUGGAGGAAGCGGAGAGGGGCAGAGAAGGAGACCAGAGUGAUAGUGGCGAUGGCGGUGACGGGGAGGGUGGUGGAAAGGUGGGCACAGGAGGAGGUAUAGAAGGGACUGCUGCCCAAGGGAAGUGGCGGCACCCUUUCCUCAGCUCAAAGAACAGGGCGGCAAGCUUCUCGUUGCCGGACCUGUGCGCGAGCGUGGGCGUGCCUCUGGACGUGCAGAUCAAGUACGAGAUCGCCGUGCUCAGACGCCUCCGCCCGCACCUCAGCACCAACCUCGUCUCCGCAGUGGUCUUAGCUAAGUACGGCGUGGACGUAACUCCCAGGAAGGUGCAGAAGAUAGGGAGCGAGAGCAGAAAGUGGAUCAAGGCAGGGGCCGUGCCUGCAGGGACCAUGGAGAUGACGCGGCUUGAGGACGAGGUGGCGGCGUGGGUGCUGCGAGAGGAGGAGGUGCGGAGGAGGGAGGUGACGGAGGAGAGGAUUCUAGACCGCGGCAAUGCCCUCGCGCCCAAGUACCUGCCGAGGAUGAGCGCUCCCUUGACGCAGAAAUGGGUUUCGGCCUUCAUGAGGCGCUAUGGCUUGCUGCUGCUGCCGCUCACUGAAGGGCCAGUGGGUGGCGAGGAGGAAGGAGAGGAGGAGAGCGGGAUGGGAGGUGGGGAGGGUGAGAAGGGAAGUGGGGUUAUGGAGGUGGAUGAAUCGAGUGAAGAGGAGGAAGGGGAGAGUGAAGGAAGUGCAGAGGAAGAAGAAGAGGACGAGGGAGAGGAGAUGGUAGAUGCAAGGGGAGAGGGGAAGGUAGAGGCAGGAGGGGAGGGGAGGGUACGGUUAGGAAGAGAGGUAGAGGCACGGGGAGAGCAGAGGGUCGAGAGGGGGGGGAGGGUAGUGGCAGGGUCAGUGUCCCGCGGCGCAAGGCCUCAUCAGAACACGUCCAGCUGGUUCCGUUUCCAGCGCGUGUCGUGCAUGGGUAACUUUUACCGCAAAAUCCUCCCGUCUGAAACCCUCCUGGUAGACGCCUCUGGUUGCUCCGUAGAGCUAACACCUCCAGGAGCCAAGAAGGCUGCAGCUCAAAGGGUGGGUUCAAAAGGCCACAAGGGCAGUCCUACCAGCGAUCAGAGCCCGGAGGGGGAUGCUGUAGAGCGGCUCAUCUGCCUGUGGCAGCCAGUGCGGAAGAAAGGGGGGGAGGGAGCAGGCGGAACGCGAAUGCUGAAGGGAAUUACACUAAGCCGGGUUCGGGCGCUCUGCCUCGUGGUGCAGGCUCGGCCGGGCCUCAGGCGGGCCGCGAUUAUAAAAAUGGUGAAGAAGGCUUGGAAUGUAAACCUGAGUCCCGGAGUGCUAAUGGCCAUCCUAUCACAGAGGCGGCGGUGGCUGCAGCUGCCCAAGGGGCUCUCACUGCCUUUGCUCAAGAGGCCGCGCCUCAAGGCAUCGAGGCUGCUGGAGGUAGCUCUGGCGCGGUGGGUGGAGGACAUAGGCGCCGGGAUCAAGAUCUUCUGGGAGACCGUCUGCUGGCCCGCCCGCCCCGCUGCCGUCACUGUGCCGGCUGGGAGCGGUGGGGGCAGCGUGAGGGUGCAGUAUGUGCUAAGAAAGGAGGUGAUUAUAGAGGUGGCAAAGAGAAUCGGGCCGCUGGUGGGAGUGGUGCCAGGGUUUCGGUUCUCGUAUAACUGGUGCUCGCGGUUCGUGCAGGUGGUGGCAGAGUGCAGGGAGCUGCAGUGGCUGUGGGCGUGCGAGCGGGAACGGGUGCAAGCAGUGGGGGAGCGCGGACUCCUUGGGAAUUCUCAAUGCACAAGAGCAGGUAGGGCAAGAGGGGGACAGGAUGUUGGGGAGACAGUGCAGAUGACGGUUGAGGAAGGGGGUUUGGUUGAAAAGGAGGAGGGAGGGGCAGGGGCAGGAGAUGGGGAGGGGGAUAUGAGGAGGAAGGUAAGGCGAGUGGAAGGAGAGAAAGUAGAGGGCAAGGAGGACAGGGCGAAGGAGAAGGAAAAGGCGAACGAGCGGGAGAGGGAGAGGGAGAGGAAAAAGGAGAGGGAGAAGGAGAGGGAGAGGGCGAGGGCGAAGGAGAAGGAGAGGAUAAAGGAGAGGGAGAAGGAGAGGGAGAGGGCGAGGGAGAAGGAGAAGGAGCGGGAGAAAGCGAGGGAGUAUGCGAGGGAGAAGGCAUGGGAGAAGGAGGUGGAGAAGGCGAGGCAGAGGAUCCAGAAGGAGGGUGGUGGGCGUGAUGGCAAGGGACGAAGCAAAUGGGUGAAGUGGGAUGAGGCAUGGGAGCCCUGGGGACAGAGAAGCGGGGCUAUGAGAGGGGAGGGGGUGCUGGCGAAAUGGAUCAAACGACGGUUGGAUCCGGUGCAGAGGGAGACGGAGGAUGAUGGGAUGGGAGGUUGGAGAGCAGCGCAUGGCCGCCCCCCUGUUCUGCUGUCUGCCACGACCAUCCACCGCUUCGCCCUUCACCUGGUGCUCAGAUGCAACAUGCCGUUAUGCCCCCCAUCCCUGCCUCCCUCCACCUCCUCCGUGCCGCCCCGCUCCUCCUCCUGCGCCGGUCCCGCCUUCACUCGCGAGUGGAUGCUUGCUUUCUUCCAUCGCUGGGAUAUCGACCCAAACCGCAUCCACGGGCUGCACCAACUGCCAUCUGCUGCCAUGGCUACUCAUACCACUGCCGGUGGUGAUGCUGUUGGUGCUGCUGCCGCUCUAGACACUGCUGCUGCUGGUACUGCUGCCACUCUAGACACUGCUGCUGCCGGUACUGCUGCCACUCUAGACACUGCUGCUGCUGGUACUCCUGCCGCUCUAGACACUGCUGCUGCUGGUACUGCAGCCACUCUAGACACUGCUGCUGCUGCUGCUGCUGCCACUCUAGACACUGCUGCUGCUGGUACUGCUGCCACUCUAGACACUGCUGCUGCUGCUGGUACUGCUGCCACUCUAGACACUGCUGCUGCUGGUACUGUAGCCACUCUAGACACUGCUGCUGCUGCUGGUGCUACUGCCAUUCUAGACACUGCUGCUGCUGGUACUGCUGCCACUCUAGACACUGCUGCUGCUGGUACUUCUGCCGCUCUAGACACUGCUGCUGCUGGUACUGCAGCCACUUUAGACACUGCUGCUGCUGGUGCUGCUGCCACUCUAGACACUGCUGCUGCUGGUACUGCAGCCACUCUAGACACUGCUGCAGCUGCUGGUACUGCUGCCACUCUAGACACUGCUGCUGCUGGUACUGUAGCCACUCUAGACACUGCUGCUGCUGCUGGUGCUACUGCCAUUCUAGACACUGCUGCUGCUGGUACUGCUGCCACUCUAGACACUGCUGCUGCUGGUACUGCAGCCACUCUAGACACUGCUGCUGCUGGUGCUGCUGCCACUCUAGACACUGCUGCUGCUGGUACUGCUGCCACUCUAGACACUGCUGCUGCUGCUGGUACUGCUGCCAUUCUAGACACUGCUGCUGCUGGUGCUGAUGCCACUCUAGACACUGCUGCAGCUGCUGGUACUGCUGCCGCUCUAGACACUGCUGCUGCUGGUACUGCAGCCACUCUAGACACUGCUGCUGCUGCUGGUGCUACUGCCAUUCUAGACACUGCUGCUGCUGGUACUGCUGCCACUCUAGACACUGCUGCUGCUGGUACUGCUGCCGCUCUAGACACUGCUGCUGCUGGUACUGCAGCCACUUUAGACACUGCUGCUGCUGGUGCUGCUGCCACUCUAGACACUGCUGCUGCUGGUACAGCUGCCACUCUAGACACUGCUGCUGCUGCUGGUACUGCUGCCAUUCUAGACACUGCUGCUGCUGGUGCUGCUGCCAUUCUAGACACUGCUGCUGCUGGUGCUGCUGCCACUCUAGACACUGCUGCUGCUGGUACUGCUGCCGCUCUAGACACUGCUGCUGCUGGUACUGCAGCCACUCUAGACACUGCUGCUGCUGGUGCUGCUGCCACUCUAGACACUGCUGCUGCUGGUACUGCUGCCACUCUAGACACUGCUGCUGCUGCUGGUACUGCUGCCACUCUAGACACUGCUGCUGCUGGUACUGCUGCCACUCUAGACACUGCUGCUGUUGGUACUGCUGCCGCUCUAGACACUGCUGCUGCUGGUGCUGCUGCGACUCUAGAAACUGCUGCUGCUGGGACUGCUGCCGCUCUAGACACUGCUGCUGCUGACACUGCUGCUGCUGGUACUGCUGCCACUCUAGACACUGCUGCUGUUGGUACUGCUGCCGCUCUAGACACUGCUGCUGCUGGUGCUGCUGCGACUCUAGAAACUGCUGCUGCUGGGACUGCUGCCGCUCUAGACACUGCUGCUGCUGGUACUGCAGCCACUCUAGACACUGCUGCUGCUGGUACUUCUGCCGCUCUAGACACUGCUGCUGCUGGUACUGCCGCCACUCUAGACACUGCUGCUGCUGGUACUGCUGCCACUCUAGACACUGCUGCUGCUGGUACUGCCGCCACUCUAGACACUGCUGCUGCUGGUACUGCUGCCACUCUAGACACUGCUGCUGCUGGUACUGCUGCCGCUCCAGACACUGCUGUUGCUGGUACUGCCGCCACUCUAGACACUGCUGCUGCUGGUACUGCUGCCACUCUAGACACUGCUGCUGCUGCUGCUGCUGCUGCUGCUGCUGAGGAAGCAUCAUCACUGAAGGGGCCGCGAUUAGCAGCACACGAGCACAGGCCGAAGCGACAGAGGCAGCUAACAGCAUCGGCAGCAAGAGCAGCUGUGGGGGCGGGUUUAGUGCCACUAGGACGAAAGCGAGAGAGGCAAGGAGCACAGUGGGCGCAGCUGAUAGCAGAGGCAGCGCAGUCAGAGGCGUCAGCGGAAUCAGCAGUGGAGGCGGGGAUAGACCUGCAGGAGUGGGCGGAUGGGCGCGAUGUGAAGGCGCUGCUAUGUGCCCUGGACGGGGAGAGGUGGCGCAUUCGCAUCCGCGUGCGGCAGGGCAUGAAGUGGCGCAGCUGGCUGGAAAAACAGCAGCAGCAGCAGCAGCAGCUGGAGAUGGGCACAGGCCAGAGGGGGGUGAAAGGGGAGGGAGAGGAGGGUGGGUUGGCAGCGAGUGGUGCUGGCAGGAGUGAAGGGGUUGGUGGGGGUGAGGGGGGUGGUGGGAAGGGUGCGAGGGUGUGGCGGACUGCUCUGUUCAACAUGCCGUAUUACUAUGACCCUCUGGAGGACCGGGGUGGUAAGGGCGGGAGGCGCGGAUGGAAGGCGAAGGAUGAAGAGUGGCGAAGGAAAGUGAGGGCUGGAGAAGUGGAUGUGGGAGUGAAAGUGAAAACGGAGGAAGUUGAGUGGGAUGUGGCGUCCAUGGGAGGAAUAGAAGGAGCAGGAACGUGUAGUGGAAUGAUGGGAGGUGACGCGAUGGACAGCGAUGGGGUGGAUAGUGGGGGCGAGCUUGGAGAAGGUGAGGGAGAAGCAGAGAGAGGAGGGGCAGGGAGAAGACAGGGGAGAGGAGGACGGGGAAGGAGCGAAGGAGGGAGAGGAGGAGGGGGACGACAAGGGAGGAGAGCUCUUUCAGUGAAGGGAGCCAACUGGGAAGGCUUGUGGAGUUUCGCUGAUGGGGGAGAUGGUGGACGAGAGGAUGAUCGUGCAGCUGCUGUGGAUGGCGGUGCAGGCAGUGGCGUGGGUGGUGGUGAUGGUGUGGCAGUGGACCACGCUCCACUUCCCUCUCACCAGCUGCCAAUGCCACCGCAGCAGCCCGAUCUGCAGCAGCUGCAGCGUCAGCAGCACCAGCUGGUGCAUCAACAGCAGCAGCAGCAGCAGCAGUGGCAGCAGCAGCAUCAACAACAGCAACAACAUCAGCAGCAGCAACAACAACUACAGGUGCAGCUACAGCUACAGCAGCAGCAACAGCAACAGCAACAGCAGCAGCAGCAGUUGUGGCGGCCUGGCUGGCAAGCACCUGGAACUGUGUGGCAGAUGGCCGGCAAUGGCUGUCAGCAAGUGGUGCCUCCAGCAGCCGUGCCUGGUUGGCGGGCAACUACGAGACCCAGUAGCCCAUGGCAGGCCGGUGCACCCAACACUCCAUGGCAAGGUGCCGCGCCCUGCCCACCCAGCUGCACGUCGCAACCCGAUGGCCCCAAUGCUGCAUGGCAGGCCAGUGCACCCAGUGACCCAUCGCAACCCUCCAUGGGAGCAUGGCCUGUAGCUGGAGGGGAAUGCCACACACUUGCAGCAGCAGUGCCAGCAGAAGUGGUGCCAGCAGCAACAGUUGCAGCAGGAGCAGGAGCAAGAACACCAACAGCACCAGCGGCAGGAGCAUCGACACCAGCAGAAGCCGCAGCAAUGGUGGCUACCAGCGCAGCAGCAGGAGCAAUACCAGCUGCAGUAACCGCAUGGCUUCAGCAGCAACUGCAGCAGCAGCAGGAGAGGCAACUACAACAGCAGUUGCUGCAGCAACUGCAACGACUGCUCUUACCCCAGCAGCAGCCACAUCAGGAGCAGCGUCAACAGCAGUUGUUGCAUCAGUUGCAACAACUACUACUACCCCAGCAGCAUCAGCCGCAAAAGCAACAACAGCAGUUGCUGCAGCAGCUGCAACAACUACUCUCACCCCAGCUGCAGCAGCAGCAGCAUCAACAACAGGAGAAGUUGCUGCAGCAGUUGCAACAACUUCUCUUACCUCAGCAGCAGCAGCAGCAGCAGCAGUUGUUGCAUCAGUUGCAACAACUACUCCUUCCCCAGCAGCAACAACAGCAGCAACAACAGCAGCAACAGCAGCAGCAACAACAGCAGCAACAGCAGCAGCAACAGCAGCAGCAACAACAGCAGCAACAACAGCAGCACCAGCAGCAGCAACAACAGCAGCAACAACAGCAGCAACAGCAGCAGCAACAGCAGCAGCAACAACAGCAGCAACAACAGCAGCAACAGCAGCUACAGCAGCAACAGCAACAACAGCAACAACAGCAGCAAGAACAGCAGCAAUGGCAGCAGCAGCAGGAGCUGCAGCUGCAACAGCAACCUUCAUCAACAACCACUCAGGCUCUAAUCCCUGUCAGUUCCGCCUCUACACUUCAUCCCAAUACCCCGGCCCGCCCUCCUUACCCAGCGAAUCAAUCAUAUCCCCCUGCCCAACCACCCUAUCCGUACUUCCUGCCAUAUGCUCCUUUCCCUCCCUACCCAUCCGCCCAGCCCUUCCAACCCCAGUCUGCACCUCCCCCAAGUAUGCCUGCCUGGCCACAGCAGGCACAUGCCUCACAACCUCCUCCUGCUCCUGUCCCUGCUGCUUCUCCUGCUGCUGCUGUUGGUGGUGGUGCUGCUGCUGUUCCUGCUGCUUCUGCUGGUAGGGGUGGGGAGGGUCUUGGAGUCACUGCCAAGGCGGGGAAUAAGGCUGCUGAGUUGGGGAAGGAGAAGAGGAGGAGAGAGCUGGAGCAAAACGAGUUAGUUGAGGUGGUAGGGAAUAAGAAGAAGGGACGAUUGCAGCAGCAGCAGCAGCUGGUUGGGCAGAAGAGGAAACCACAAGAGCAAGUGCCGCAAGGUCUCGCAGGAAAGCGGGCAGCACGGAAAUCAGCUUUUCAAGAUGCGUGGAAAAUGCUGAUGGUUGGAGGGCAUAUGGAAGGUGAGGGUAGAGCGCAGGGUAAUGCUGCCAGGGAAAGUGAUGAUGGGGAUGAGGACGCAGGGGACGAGGAAGAAGAGGUGGAUGAAGAGGACGUUGAGGAUGUAGAGGAGGAGGAUGUAGUAGAGGUUGUGGUGAGGAAAGGUAGGGUGCAGGAUAGUAGUGUGGGAGAGAGGGAGGAGAGGAGGAGGCACGGGAAGGGACAGAAGAGGAAGGUGACAUGGGGUGGUGUGGCUGACAUGGGGUGAUGUCAGGCAUGCGUGCAUGGUUCUUGCGACCACUGCAACAAGGACUGUAGUGACAAGCAUUCUGAAUGUACAGGUCGUAUUCUACUAACGCAAGCUUCAAGGACGUAGGAAAUUGCACUUAGAGAAUAUCGAAGUGCGACCCUGGCAAAAUUGUUGAUAACGUUUCCGGGGUUGGAGCGUCGUCGUUCGCGUACUGUAGAGGGGCGGGGAGGCUGUCUUUUGUGCCAACCAUGUCCACGUAGGCAGACGCUCAGUUUUCGUAAUGUGUCGCACAACCAAGUUUCAUUUUUUUACAGAAUC